AUCACAUAUGAGUCCUACUUAAAUGACUCAAUACAAGCAUGUACCAGUAACAACUAAUUUGUUAGAAAAUUAACUUUCUAAAUGUGUCACACUCUUUCAUACAAAAUUUCAAGAAACUAAUAACUACUAUCAACUUAUAGUAGCCUUUGAAUUUUCACACACAACAGGGAUUCAAUCAUUCAUUCCAAUAAUGUUUACAUCUCAACCAAGAUCCACUAAACUUCCCUCAGAUAUACAUCAACAUGUCCUUACUGGUGACCGGAUUUCAAGAAGAAAAAUCAGUCAGAUUCAUAGUCAUAGUCAUAAGUCUUGUUGUUUGAAAGUGAAAGCUGUGAUUCAAAGUGGGAAUGAUAAUAAGACUACAAAGUUGGUUGAGAAAUCUAAGGAAGAGAGUAAUAAUGAGUUGUUUGUUUCUUCUGGAAAAGGGAUAGAUGUGAAAGCAGUGAUCACUUUGAGGAAGAAAAUGAAGGAGAAGAUUACAGACAAGAUUGAAGAUCAGUGGGAGUCUUUAAUGAAUGGGAUUGGUAGAGGAAUCUUGAUUCAGCUUAUUAGUGAAGAUAUUGAUCCUGUUACCAAGUCAGGAAAGUUUGUGGAGUCUUGUGUGAGGGGUUGGUUGUCCAAGCCUUCUGACCAUCCAUAUAUAGUUGAAUAUGCUGCCAAUUUCACUGUACCACGCGAUUUUGGACGUCCUGGAGCUAUCAUUAUCACCAAUCUCCUUGACAAAGAGAUACACUUGGUGCAGAUUGUUGUUCAUGGAUUUAAUGAAGGCCCUUUAUUCUUUAAUGUUAAUACAUGGAUUCACUCUCAAAAAGAUAAUCCAGAGAGUAGAAUUAUCUUCCAAAAUCAGGCAUAUCGACCAUCUCAAACACCAGCUGGCAUCAAGGAUCUUCGGCGUCAAGACUUGUUGAGCAUUUGUGGCAAUGGGAAAGGCGAGAGGAAGUUACAUGAACGAAUAUAUGAUUAUGAUGUUUAUAAUGAUUUAGGCAAUCCUGACAAAAGUGCGGAUCUUGCUAGGCCACUGGUUGGUGGCAAAGAGAGACCUUAUCCUAGGCGCUGUCGGACUGGUAGAGGUCCAACUAAGACAGAUCCACUUGCAGAGAGUAGAAUAGAGAAACCUCAUCCAGUUUAUGUCCCUAGAGAUGAAACUUUUGAAGAAAUUAAGCAGAAUACUUUUUCUGCUGGAAGGUUGAAAGCUCUGUUACAUAACCUGGUACCACUAAUUGCGGCUACAUUGUCAAGCUCGGACAUUCCCUUUACAAACUUCUCUGACAUAGAUAAACUGUAUAACGAUGGAUUUGUCUUGAAUGAUGAUGAUAAUUCACAGAAGAGUAAAUUCCUUUCUGAUACUUUGGGAAAAGUAUUUUCUAUCAGCAAAAGGUUGCUCAAGUACGAGAUUCCUGCUAUAAUCAAACGGGAUAGAUUUGCUUGGUUGCGAGAUAAUGAGUUUGCCCGACAAGCUUUAGCAGGGGUUAACCCUGUGAACAUUGAACUUUUGAGGGAAUUUCCAAUUGUGAGCAAGCUAGAUCCAGCUGUUUAUGGACCCCCUGAUUCAGCUAUAACCAGGGAUCUUAUAGAACAAGAGCUUAAUGGACUCAGUAUUGAAGAGGCUAUUGAAGACAAGAGAUUGUUUAUACUUGAUUAUCAUGACAUGCUUUUGCCAUUUAUUGGGAAGAUGAAUUCGUUGCCCGGGAGAAAAGCUUAUGCAUCAAGAACAAUUUUCUUCUACACAUCAAGAGGAGUUCUAAAGCCAAUUAUCAUUGAACUUUCACUGCCUCCAACACCUUCUUCACCUAGGAACAAGCGUAUAUUCUCCCAUGGACAUGAUGCUACCAAUCACUGGAUCUGGAAUCUAGCCAAAGCACAUGUUUGUUCAAAUGAUGCUGGCGUCCAUCAGUUGGUGAACCACUGGUUAAGGACUCAUGCUUGUAUGGAACCUUAUAUCAUUGCAACCCAUAGGCAAUUAAGUUCUAUGCAUCCAAUUUACAAGCUACUUCACCCCCACAUGCGCUACACACUGGAAAUCAAUGCGCUUGCAAGGCAGGGUUUGAUAAAUGGGGGUGGCGUUAUUGAAGCAUGUUUUAGCCCUGGAAAGUAUUCAAUGGAAAUAAGCUCUGCAGCUUACAAGAGCAUGUGGCGGUUUGAUAUGGAAGCACUGCCUGCUGAUUUAAUAAGAAGGGGAAUGGCUGUGGAGGAUCCAACGAUGCCUUUGGGGUUGAAACUUGUGAUUGAAGACUACCCUUAUGCAGCAGAUGGGCUUCUCAUAUGGUCUGCCAUAAAAGAAUAUGUGGAGUCCUAUGUUGAGCACUACUAUUCCGACCCUAAUUCUGUCACGUCUGAUGUUGAGCUCCAGGGCUGGUGGAAUGAGAUCAAGAACAAGGGACACCCCGAUAAGAAAGAUGAGCCUUGGUGGCCAAAACUUGUUACUAAAGAAGACUUGUCUGGCAUACUCACCACAAUGAUCUGGAUUGCCUCAGGCCAACAUGCAGCAAUAAACUUUGGACAGUACCCUUUUGGAGGUUAUGUACCUAACCGUCCUACCCUUAUGCGAAAGCUCAUCCCACAUGAAGAAGAUCACAGCUAUGAGAACUUUAUCUUUCACCCGGAGAAAACUUUUCUGGCAUCUUUGCCUACUCAACUCCAAGCUACUAAAGUGAUGGCUGUUCAAGAUACCUUGUCGACUCAUUCAGCAGACGAGGAAUACAUGCAUCAGUUGCACGAAAUUCAAAGAUUCUUCAUAAAUGAUCAUGAAGUUUUGAAGAUUUUCGAGAGAUUCUGUGCCAAAUUAGCAGAGAUAGAAGAUACCAUCAACCAAAGAAACAAGGAUAUUCAUCUUAAAAACCGAACUGGUGCUGGUGUUCCUCCAUAUGAACUGCUGCUACCUACUUCUGGUCCUGGUGUUACCUGUCGUGGUAUUCCCAACAGCAUCUCUAUCUGACAAGUUCAUGUGCUCGCUGUAUAAUCAUAUCGUCUAUGGUUAUGACUUGCUAUGGAUAAUCUGGAACUUGGUGGCAUUCAACUUGUAGUUAUAUUACUUGUAGAAAUAUUUUGCAGGUCUUGCAGAGUAAUAUAUUGAGGGCUUUAAACUGUUGAGAAGCACAAUGUAAUUAGAAAGUAAUAUUGUCUUUCCUAGAAGAUACGCGGGGCUUAUUUUAUUCAGUUAUCAUUUACAAUUUCGAUGAAGAAAA